AUGCAGCCCGUGGAAGCCUGUGAGCUUGAGCAGGAACGGCUUCCCAUCACAUGCCUGGGCCUGGGGAAGUCCAUUGGCCUCGCGGGCUUGCUUGUGCUGGCCUGUCCUUCAGGUCAGCGCCGUGCUGCGUCCCGAGCGGGCCUUUCCCACACGUCUGCAUCCGUGCCAAGCUGGGAUGAGCUGGCCAGUGCUGCCGGGAGCCCCGCAGAGCGCAUCUUCGAAGCCAAAGCCCGGCUUUUCGGUGCAGAAAAGCCUACACUGAAGUUCUGGCACGACGCGGCUGGCUGGUGUCCACAUUGCAUGGUGUCCUGGGUCGUCCUGGAAGAAAUGAAGAUCCCUUAUGUCAUGGACACUACGCCGCUAAGGGCUUACUUGAGGCCCGGUGAGAAGAAGCGGCAACGUCUGGUGCCGGUGAUUCAGCUCUUGGAUCAGGAGAGGAGUAAGGGAAGCUCCUGGAUCUUCCAGUCGGCCAUGCGAGACGUGGGCCGCGGGGAGCAGGCCGUCGCUGCAGAGUCUGCGAGGGAGACGUGUGGGCCGCUUCUUCUGAGAGGUCUGUGCGAUGCUGGCAGAACGGUUUGGGACUUGGACAUCGAGGCCGGAGUGGCUAGAGCUCUUCUCCAAGCUGCAGAAGGCCAGGGGCCGCGCGCGCCGGCGCUGCUUUUCUACUACUGCCCUGUGCUCGCUGCGACGGAAAACCAACUUGGGGCGUGUCUCCGUCCCAUGGCCGCUCGGCUUAACCAAGAAUCGCGCGGGGCACGGUCCCCGCCUCGAGCAUCUCGUAGCUCAGGUCAGAAGGAAGAGGCGCACCUGACUUCUGCCUUGGAUGCUUUGGACGAGGCCUUGUCCGCCAGCGAGGGCUCGUUUCUGGGCGGCGCGCGGCCUCACAUGGUCGAUCUCAUGCUCCUGCCCAUCUUGGAGCGGGUCGAAGCUCUGCUGUUGCAUCCUUUCCUGGCCUCGGGGCCACGUCUCUCCAACUGGGCAUCCGUCUCUGAGAUGCUGUCGACGGGUCGCCUGCCGGGCCUCUGCUCCUUUGGUGACCUGUGCAGCGAUGCCGAGACGCUCCUCGCCAUCUCCCUAAGGGAGGACCCGGGCCGCACCUCAGCGCUGCCGGGCACAGCGCUGUCAGGCACCCUCCUGCGUCCCCCGAUCUCGGUGUUGGAGGCCGCCGAGGCUGCAGCUCAACACUCGCAGGAGGCCUGCCGAGAGGCGGCUGCACGCAUCUGCAGCAACCACAGUGCCAUCGUCUCCUUCGCGUGCUGUGGUCGAGGAUGCGGCCGUAGGACCGUCGAAGCCAGGAAGAUGGCAGAAACAUAUCCUGGCCACAACCCAGAGGUUGACUUGGCUUUGCGGCAGGUUGUGGAGUCCUUACUACGAGCCGCUGGCAGAGAUGCGUACCCUUCAGAGCUCGAGUCGGCGGCGCGGCGUGCCGCGCGAUCCUCCGCGCGCGCCUCGGCACUGGCACCGCUGCGCUUCCUUUCUCAGAACAUCGGCGUGCCACGGGACAUGGCGGCUCUGCCGGCCGCCGCCCUCCGGGCGCACCUUCUGCUUCACCUCGCAGCUUGCGAGGGCACACUGGGCCGCGGACCGGCCAGGCGCCUCAGCCGGCCAAAGCAACGGCCAUCAGCAGCGCCGUCACCGUCGUCACCGUCGCCGUCGUCAGAGUCGCGCCUGGGGCGCCCCAGACGCCCUGGCCUUGACGAUAAGCUCUCGGCGAGCUUGUCCGGAAGACAGGGAUCCAGUUUCGGUCGCCAGGGCAAAACAGGCUUCAUCGCCUUGACAACCAACUUCUCUUACAUAGGUGCACUGCACUUCUUGCCGGCGUCCCUCAACACGGCUAUUUUCAGCAGCAGUCCCGUCUUCACGCUGUUGCUUCAGACGGUGUUCCUACCCGAAUCAGGUGGACACGGCGACGCAGUUGCCCCCCAAAGAUGGAAGGUGCUGAGCGUUGGCCUGUCUGUGAUCGGGGUCUUGCUCAUAGCAGAGCCCUGGCACGGCUCCGCAAGAGGCUCAGACCUCACCGAGGAGGAGAGGGUGCUGGGUGUUCUGCUCUCCCUCUUCUCCGCUCUGGGCACGGCGAUUUACCAGGUUUACUUCAAACACACCUUUGGUGAUUCGAUGGGUCCAGAUGAGUGGAUGCCAAUGCAAGCACAUGCGCAAACCGGGUGA